AUGAAGGCUACUCUAGUAAUCUGCAUAUGUGUGUUACUCACCGUAGUUGGUGGUAGAAAGAUUGACAAAGAAAGAAACUCUGGCGUUCGUCGUAGCAUGCGUAAGAUGGAACCGGGAAUGAAUAAAGAACUUCUGCGUAUCAUUAAUAGAGAAGUUGACAUGAGGCCUCACCGUGGUGGAAAGAGAGGUCCGGGCAUGGUGUGUCGCACACAAUGCACAAAUACCUGUGUUCCAGUAGGGGCUUGCAAAGCUGAAUGCCUCGGAAAAUGUGGCAGCACACGAAUUCCAAAGUUGUGUUCAAAGAAUUGCAUUAUGAAUGAAUGCCCAAUCAGCGUCUGCAUUCAAUGCAUCAAAAAAUGCUUUAACGAAAUACAAGUUUGCCGAGAGAAAUCUUGUCCAUCCGAAUGUCCAAGCAGAUUGAAGGGCAAACAAGCCAUGAGGUUACCAGCAUGUCGCAAAUGUAUGGUUAAGAAUUGCCGGGAAGUCCUGGAAAAAAUGUUGGGUCCAAAACCAAGUGAAGGUUCCAAAGAGAAAGAGUCUGCUGCUGCGAAGAAGGAACCAACAGGAAUUAAAGCCAAUAACGACAAAAAAAAUUCUACAGGAAUUCGAAAUGAGACCGAAAGAGGAUCUGACAAACUAGACGGAAAGAAUUUAAAUGGUAACGAACUUAAUAAACAGCCAAACAAUGCCAGUAAAGAGGAUGGUAAUCAAGCCGGACGUGAUGAUGAAGAUGAUGACGUAGAUGAUGA